AUGGCUUCACAAGACGACAAUGACACCCAACCCUUGGCUAUUGUUGACUCGCAUAUCCACCUCUACGCAGCUUCUCACAUUCCGUCGUUGAACUGGACAGCUGACCUUCCCAAGGAUCACCGCCUGAACAGACAGAACUCUGUGGACCAGUACCGAGCAGCUACCGCGCAACACUCGGACCGCCUUCUUGGUUUUGUGUUUCUCGAGACAGACCGGAAGUCCGGCCUCGAGGAGACUCAGUGGACAGACGCUCUCGAAGAAGUUGAAUUCUUGCUGAGGAUCGCACGAGGUACACCGCGUGAAGGGGAAGGCCACCGUCCCGAGGAUGGCAAGCUGGUUCUCGGAAUCGUCCCAUGGGCUCCUGUGCCAGCUGGCGAAAAGGAGUUGCGAAAUUACGUGCAACGCGUUCGACAGCGCGCGGGGGACGAGUGGCGUCUCAUAAAAGGCUUCCGGUACCUAGUCCAGGACAAGCCGAAAGGCGUCAUGCUCGACCCGCAGUUCAUCGAAGGGUUGCAAUGGCUAGGUAGUCAGAAUCUCACCUUUGACUUGGGCGUCGAUGCACGGUCGGGAGGACUCGGCCAACUCGAAGAGGCAUGCGAAAUGAUGGACCGUAUCUACUACGCCCUCGGCAGCUCAAGCACAGUCAGAAUCAUCAUCAACCACUUCUGCAAGCCCAACUUGCGACUUUCCCCUGCAGAAGCACUGGCAGGGCAUCCGGACUUUGCGAAAUGGUCCGAGUGCAUCGAGCGAAUGGCAUGUCAUCGGCACACGUACAUGAAACUUUCGGGAUUCUUCUCCGAACUGCCAGCGCAAGAGGAGAACCACCCAGCAGACAUCGGUGCAUUAGCGGCACGCACGAAGCCCUGGGUCGACACCGUUUUCAGAGCUUUUGGCCCUUCACGAAUCAUGUUCGGCUCCGACUGGCCAGUGUGCAACGUUGGGGGUCCCGGCAUCGCGAAGUCAUGGCAUCAUUGGCACGAUCUCGUGGACGAGAUUCUCAGAGCGCAAAGCCUGAAGCGCGAUGAAAAGGCGCGAGUAUGGUCCGGCACGGCCGUGGCGGCGUAUAACAUCCGUCUCUAA